AUGCCUGUGACCAAUGGUUGCUUGGCGAAAAACUGGGUAUUUGAAGCCGCGCCGCUCGAGACAAUCAAAGAGAAGGGAGCAUAUUCAAUCAGGUCCAAGGUGCUUUAUGAGUUUGGCAUCAAAUGGAAGACGGCAUCUGCCGUCAGCGUUGCCAGUGCGGGGGCUUCCUUUUCACUCAAUGCUCAAGCCAACUUGGAUAUCUCCAACGGAGUUGGGCCAACCCUUCAGUCUAAGAAAGGCUGGGAGCCCCAGGUCACCUACUCAUACCCUGUUUUUACUACCUCUGGCGGAGUCUCGCUCAUACCCUAUGUCCGCUGGGGUGUCGAGUUCGAUAUCGAUAUUUACAACCAGGUCAGGCUUAAGCCAGCGAUCUCAUCGCAGACACUUGUUACAAUGCAGUCGAGCUACUCAGACGAGCCCCAGGGCCAGUGGUCGGCUAACAAGCUGGCCGUAAGCACCUACAUGUCUACCGAGAGUAUGAUGAAACUUCGUAAUGGCGUCUACGAUACAUUGUAUAGUGGCUCCAGUCGCACAUUGAAUCAAUGUUUUCAGGCACCUGAUAUGAUACCCACGGCUGAGGAUAUUGCCGAGCUGUCUGAGUUUGCCGGCGACUUCUGUACGUCUUAUUUGGAUUACAGACCGCCUCGCACCACCUCUAUCUCGACUGCCACAUCGACAAGCGGGUCAACCGCGACUACCGAAUAUGUAACCAGCUGGGUUCCAGCUACAGCACAAUAUGUUGUCGUUACCAUAACUAGCUAUUCUGAUCGGACCGGUUGGCCUCAGUGGAACGCAAGAACUAUCAUCACCCUUGAACGGACCGCUACCUUUGAUCACUCGGGAUUGAAAAGGCGCGACGCCACACAACAACUUGCUGCUCGAGCAGUCUAUACGCCGGGGCUGGUACAGGACUGGGAUAGCAAGAAGAUCUCAUUUGCUUGUAAGCAGAUCGCCACUGGAACGGAGACGGUGACGCAGCCGGUGACUACGACGAUUGGUGUUGGAACAGCCACCGUCACGGCCACGACAACGGUUGCCAGACCCGGCGGAAACGUAAAGUUCUACACUGAGAAUCCGUAUCAAUACAGAUAUAUUGGUGCUGGACCUGUGGGCAAUACCUGGACAGCUGGAGCAUGUUCCUCGCCAUCUGAAAAGUCGGGCAAUUGCUUCAAAAUCAGAAUUAACGGCCCCAAAUGGACUGAUGGGCAGUAUCUAAAAUACAACUCAAACGAUCCCGACUCGCUCAUUUCAGGUAACGGGGGAUACCCCUCCCUUGUCCUAGACACAUGGUGCCUGUCAGAAACGGGUCGCUUGAUCACACAAAACCCUUACGCCCGGGGUGGUUUUGUCGCCGCUGUCCGAAACUCGAACAAUAUCAUCUUUGGCACUCCUGGUAGCAACCCGAACCCAGAUGGCGCUGAAGCCCUCUACUGCCAAAAGGACCCCAAUGACGUCUGCUCCGGCGUGCUUUCGUGUAGCACGGAUAACAGAAAUGGUCUUUCAUUCACUCCGUUGCGGUAUGACUGGUGGCUCCCGUGGGGCGACGUCCGAUUCUAUGAUGACUUUAGGCCUCAGCUCGGCGACAGAACUCCAGGCAACGAGAUGGCGAAAUUUACUUGGGAGGCGGUUUCCUGUGCAUGUUGA